UAGAUUGCGGAAAACUUUGUGAUCCCCCUUGGCGCUAUCAGUACCCAGUCUGCUGUUCGCCACUCAAGACCACAAACAGUCUGGGAAAGGAAGUGAAACGACACGAUCUUGAUAAAACUCAAAAUUUCAUCGCAACACGAAAGAAAAACUUAAGCAACGAGAAGAUCAGCUCAGCUAAACUUCAAUCCCAAUCCUCCCCUGCCACCCAUCCGCCCCCGCUCAGACAGUGUUACCACCAUGCGUUUCCAGGGUCUCUUGCAAUUGCGCAGAUUGGCGACCGCUGCCACCCUAAGGCAGAGGCAUAGCUCACACAUACGCACACUCACAGACACAGGCACACACACACAUGGACACACAGUGGUGCGCACUCUGGCGAGCAGCGCAUCGCCGUUGCCCGAACUUACACAGAUCACUGAUCAUGUGCAGCGCGGAAACUAUGCGACGCUGAACGACAAGGACGUGUCGCACUUUGAACAGCUGCUGGGGAAGAAUCAUGUGCUUACCGAGGACCUCGAUGGCUACAACGUGUGCUUCCUGAAGCGCAUACGCGGCAACAGCAAGUUGGUGCUGAAACCCGGCAGCACUGAGGAGCUGGCUGCUGUGCUGAAGCAUUGCAACGAGCGCAAGUUGGCUGUGGUGCCACAGGGUGGCAACACUGGUCUUGUGGGUGGUUCGGUGCCGAUCUGUGAUGAGAUUGUCAUUUCGCUGCAGCGCAUGAACAAAGUGCUAUCCGUCGAUGAGGUGACGGGCAUUGCCAUCGUCGAGGCUGGCUGCAUAUUGGAGAACUUCAGUUUGCGGGCUCAGGAAGUGGGUUUGACGGUGCCGCUGGAUUUGGGUGCCAAGGCCAGUUGUCACAUUGGUGGCAACGUGUCGACAAAUGCCGGCGGAUUGCGUGUGGUGCGCUAUGGCAAUCUACACGGUUCCGUGUUGGGUGUGGAGGCGGUGUUGGCCAAUGGUCAAGUGCUCGAUUUGAUGUCGAACUUCAAGAAGGAUAACACUGGGUAUCACAUGAAAAAUCUGUUCAUUGGUUCCGAGGGCACGCUGGGCAUUAUCACGAAGCUAUCGAUGCUGUGUCCACACGAAUCGAAGGCGGUGAAUUUGGCUUUCAUUGGUCUGAAUUCAUUCGACGAUGUGCUAAAGACUUUUGUGAGUGCCAAACGCAAUCUGGGCGAGAUUCUCAGCUCUUGCGAACUGAUCGAUGAGCGUGCCCUCAACGUGGCGCUGGAACAGUUCAAGUUCUUGAACGCCCCCAUUUCGGGUUAUCCCUUCUAUAUGCUGAUUGAGACAUCGGGCAGCAAUGGCGCCCACGAUGAGGAGAAACUGAACCAAUUCAUUAGCCUGGGCAUGGAGCGUGAUGAGAUUCGUGAUGGCACCGUCACCGGAGAACCCGGCAAAGUGCAGGAGAUUUGGAAGAUCCGUGAAAUGGUUCCACUUGGUCUCAUCGAGAAGAGCUUCUGCUUCAAAUACGACAUCUCGUUGCCAUUGCGUGAUUUCUACAGCAUUGUCGAUGUGAUGCGUGAUCGUUGCGGCGAUUUGGCCAACGUCGUUUGUGGUUAUGGCCAUUUGGGUGAUUCCAAUCUGCAUUUGAAUGUCAACUGCGAUCAGUUGACCGAUGAGAUCCACAAGCGUGUCGAACCCUUUGUCUAUGAGUACACCUCGAAGCUAAAGGGCAGCAUUAGUGCCGAGCAUGGCAUCGGUUUCCUCAAAAAAGAUUAUCUGCAUUACUCCAAGAAUCCGGUGGCCAUCGAUUGGAUGCGUGACAUGAAGAAGAUGUUCGAUCCCAAUGGCAUUCUUAAUCCCUACAAAAUGCUUGCCUAAUUACUCAUCCUUUUCACAACUCGAUUCGAUAUCGCUUUUAACUAUUUUUUUCUUUCUUUUUUUUUUGGCUCGUAAUGUUUAAAAAAGUUUAAAUAUAAAAUAUGUGUAUAUUCUA